AUGGCCGAACCGGAAUCAGAGACAACGGCUGAACCAGAAUCUGAAACAACGGCUGAACCAGAAUCUGAAACAACGGCUGAACCGGAACCUGAAACAACAACAGAACCAGAAUCUGAAACAACGGCUGAACCAGAAUCUGAAACAACGGCUGAACCAGAAUCUGAAACAACGACUGAACCAGAAUCUGAAACAACAGCUGAACCAGAAUCUGAAACAACGACUGAACCGGAACCUGAAACAACAACAGAACCAGAAUCUGAAACAACGGCUGAACCAGAAUCUGAAACAACGACAGAACCAGAAUCUGAAACAACAGCUGAACCAGAAUCUGAAACAACGACUGAACCAGAAUCUGAAACAACGGCUGAACCAGAAUCUGAAACAACGGCUGAACCGGAACCUGAAACAACAACAGAACCAGAAUCUGAAACAACGGCUGAACCAGAAUCUGAAGCAACGGCUGAACCAGAAUCAGAAACAACGACUGAACCAGAAUCUGAAACAACGGCUGAACCAGAAUCACAAACAACGACUGAACCAGAAUCUGAAACAACGGCUGAACCAGAAUUUGAAACAACGGCUGAACCAGAAUCUGAAACAACGGCUGAACCAGAAUCUGAAACAACGAGUGAACCAGAAUCUGAAACAACGACUGAGCCGGAAUCUGAAACAACGGCUGAACCGGAAUCAGAAACAACGGCUGAACCAGAAUCACAAACAACGACUGAACCAGAAUCUGAAACAACGGCUGAACCAGAAUUUGAAACAACGGCUGAACCAGAAUCUGAAACAACGGCUGAACCAGAAUCUGAAACAACGAGUGAACCAGAAUCUGAAACAACGACUGAGCCGGAAUCUGAAACAACGGCUGAACCGGAAUCAGAAACAACGGCUGAACCAGAAUCUGAAACAACGACAGAACCAGAAUCUGAAACAACGGCUGAACCAAAAUCUGAAACAACAACAGAACCAGAAUCUGAAACAACGGCUGAACCAGAAUCUGAAACAACGACUGAACCAGAAUCUGAAACAACGUCUGAACCAGAAUCUGAAACAACGACUGAACCAGAAUCUGAAACAACGACUGAGCCGGAAUCUGAAACAACGGCUGAACCAGAAUCUGAAACCAAUGCCGAACCAGAAUCUGAAACAACCUCUGAACCAGAAUCUGAAAGAACGGCUGAACCAGAAUCUGAAACAACGACUGAGCCGGAAUCUGAAACAACGGCUGAACCAGAAUCUGAAACCAAUGCCGAACCGGAAUCUGAAACAACGUCUGAACCAGAAUCUGAAACAACGGCUGAACCAGAAUCUGAAACAAAUGCCGAACCGGAAUCUGAAACAACGGCUGAACCAGAAUCUGAAACAACGGCUGAACCAGAACCAGAAGUAAUUACUGAGCCAGAGGAUGGAGGAACAUCCAAACCAGAAACAGAAAUGACUGUGAAACCGGAGUAUCAAGUCACGUCGGAACCGGAAUCGGAAUUAACGUCAAAUAAUGAGAGUGAAGUGAAUGCUGAAUCUGAGAACGAACCAGAGAUAUUUUCAGAAGUUACCGGAGUAUCGUUUCCCGAAUCAGAUAUUACUUUGGUACCAUUUGCUGAAAUAACAACACCAGAAGUAGAAGCCGAGGCGGAAGCACUAUCAGAGCCAACCGUUUCUGAAAUAAUGUGGCCUCCUUCCGCUUUGUUAAUGUUAGGGGCCCUCGGAUUUCUAAUGCUUUAUCUUAUGUGGCAAAGGAAGAGAAUACAAUUCAAACGACCAACUCGAAAAAGCGUCCAUCCAUCAAAAUUUGUGUACAGCUAUGAAGACUUUGCCAACAGUAAUGCCGACCAACUCCCUUCUUUUAUUACUGAAAGAGAUAAGUAUGCAAUUGAUAAGCUACGAUAUUUCCAGAACAACGGCCUCAGUUUAUUAUACAUGGUGAUGCCUCCAGCUCUCACACUUGUAUUCUGCCCCCUAACUCUCUUUAUGUAUUCACCAAUUGUCAACUAUUUCUGGCCAAAACCAUACUUUACAGUUCCCCCAAAUGUGAACGAUUCUUUGGGAUGUUUCUUAGUACCGUCAGGAAUGGUGUAUGCUAUCAUGUUCGGUUUCGCAUUCCAAGAAGUGUUUGAAAAACAUACAAGUAUAGACGUUAAACUAAAAGGUCAGACGUUAAGCAUGCGAAAAUUGGUGCUGUUAUUAGACGCAAUGGAAUCCAUUUCUCCCCGGACGUUUCUUCAUGUUUUGUACACACUGAAAGACGAAAUCGUCAAUAUAAUAUUCCGUAUACAGUCCAUGGAAAACCUGUGUGUACCAGUAAAUAUCUGGGGCCUGCUGAAGCCGUUGAACAAUGACCAGCGCAAAAAGCAAUCUCCAGUGGACCGGACAGUGUUCACUGAGGUGUUACACUGCCUCAAUGACCUCAACGUCAUGUCUGCAGAGAGUGGCUGUGUCACAGAACAUAUGCAUGUAUUUCAAUGGAUUUUCCUGGAGACGUUAGGUUAUUUCAGUUUCCUUGGUGUGCUCCUGAUCCAAGCCGACUCGUACCGAAUGGAAUUAGCAAUGUGUAUUGUCACUGUUGUCUCCAUUACUCUGCUCUGCUGCGUAGUCAGUGACCUUGACUUCCCAUUCCAUGGCUUUUUCCUCAUCGAUCUCCAGAUGUUGAUCGAUCUGAUCGAUUUUCUCACCACAACAUCAAAAGACUUACAAACAAGAGUGGCCAAAGAAGAAGUGACUGAGAAGAAUACUGACGUCCGAUGA